CCCGCCAUGGACUCAUACCACCACAAGCCCAAAAAGUCUUCGAAGCCCUUGAUUCUGGGCCUAGUCGCUAUUAUCGUGACCUUGUUCGCCAGUUACCAGCUAUAUAACCUGCGGGAGGAUUCCGGCCGACUGGUGACUAAGGCAGGUCCAACAAGGCAUAGCCUAUAAACCCCCCAGCUAAUUCCAGGCUAGGCGGUAGUCGUUCUGAAAGGCGAUAGCGCUGUCACGGGUACCGUGUUUUUUGAACAAUCCUCGCGGAAGGCGCCCGUGAAGAUCACUGGCAAUAUCAAAAACUUGGAUCCAAACGCGCUGCGAGGCUUCCACGUUCACCAGAAGGGAGAUAUAAGCGACGGCUGUGUUUCAGCCGGGGCCCACUUCAAUCCAUUCAAUAGGAAUCAUGGCGCCUCUUCGGACUCUGAACGCCAUGUCGGUGAUCUAGGCAACAUCCAGAGCAACGAGGAAGGAGAAGCCAACUUCUCCUUCGAGGAUUCCCUUAUCUCCUUGAACGGUCCGCUGAGCAUCGUAGGACGCUCUAUUGUUGUUCACGCUGUGAGGCUCUCGACUAGGUGGUAUUAGAAGAGGACAUCGGCUGACUAUUUAUAGGGCACUGAUGAUCUUGGGAGAGGCAAUAAUGAGGAAUCUCUGCGGACCGGAAACGCUGGGGGCAGAGCAGCUUGCGGAAUUAUUGGACUGGCUUGAAUUGGUCGCAUCUGUUUGACUUCUGCUAGGCUUUUUGGACGCACGAGCCCAGGAAAACUACAUACGUAAAGACCGCCAUCCAAUUCGCUUCCUUGACAACUCGAACAUACACAAACAUUUAUCGCACUGAGGCAUUCCUGGGCACAUAUGUCGUAUAUCCGAGAAUAUAUGGCUUCUUAUAACCGGAUUAAA